GCUGAACGAGCUGAAGUUGAAACAGGAAGCACUGUACAGGAAAUUUUCUGGUAUUAGCCAAUACCAGCCCUUUGUUCUGUUGCUGGGACUGAGCAUGUUCACAUGUGCAACACUGCUAGUGCUCUUCUUCAGCCUGGGACUGGUGAGAUGCCACAUUUAGGUUCUCCCUCUUUCUCACUCACAAAUGCACACACUGACACACACAUAUACUGUAAAUAUGUACACUUACACAUGCUCUGAAGACUAAAGUCAAACACCCACCAGCUUAAGUGCAUGCUGUCCCUCAAAAUUAGGAUACAAUUUACUAUGAGAUCGCUGCUUUCUGAUCCAAGCGUCCUCAGCUGCCCUGCUGAUGACUGAAGCAGCUUCUCUUACAUAAGCCUGCGGCAAUUGAGAUGCCGAUCCUCUGUAGUACCCUGAUGAAUUGCAUAAUCUGCGCCAUGAUGAUCAAAAUGCCGGAAAUCUAAAAGGAACUGGCAGUAUCAGUGACAGGAUGUUGUGUGUUUUAAUUGUUGCAACUACCAGUUUGUGCCAGGUCCAUCAGAAUAGCUUUUUCUUAAGCAGCAUAUCGGUUGAUAUUCUCUCUGUGUCCUCUUAUUGCCACUUUCUCAUCCAGCUCUUCUGUCUAUGUUGGGUGCACAGCACACAAACCCACAUACACACACUUUCUCUUGAGUGAGCUGGUUGUGGCCCAGAACGUGCCUUCCAUACUGCUAUUGAUAAUUUCUCUAGCACAUAACCACUAUACCAUCUGUGUGAACUUCUGUAACCUCCUCCCUCAAACACCAACCAGCUGUGGGAGGAACAGAAUAAGGCCAAGGUGGCUCUGUGUGUGUGGGAAUGUUGUUUUACUAUCAUUCACAAAGUCCGUAGGAUGAUGUAUGUGUGUGUGUAUGUAUCUGUGCUUCAUUUGAAAGAACAAGCAGUGAAGUAGUAUCUUAGUGGUAAUUCAGAGUGGUUUAAGAGGAGUUGAUGUAUUGGUUGAACGAUAGUGGAGGACUCAAUGCAGUGAGUGUGUAUACAGGUGAGUGGCUGGGUCUACCUGACAUGGUGUACUGCCCACACAGGUGGUGACUUCUAGUCUGAUAGUGUCAUAUAAUCAUUGUGCUCUGCCUUUUUUUUUUAACUGUAUCAUCUAGACCAGUGGUUCUCAACCUUUUUGACUCCAGGGCUCCCCACUGUCAGAGAAAAUAUUUGAAAACCCCGCAUAUAGGCUAUUAGAUAUUUAUAAUAUAAUAUAUAUUAUAUUAUAAGAUAUUUCCUUAAAACAUGUGAUUCCAUAAAUGUCUAGACCUGUAUAUUCUUCAUAAAAAGCAAGCUUUUUAAGGGAGUUAUUAAAUUUGUUUGCAUUUUCAGUAAGUUUAAUUAUAAUAAUGAUAUAUAAAAAUUAUAAUAAUCUGUUAUAUUUUAAAUAAUUUUUGAGGCCCCCAGUGAGGCUCACUAAAUUUAUUUUGUUGGCUGUAAAGAUUGAUAAUUUACUGCGUAACUCACCACAUUCUAAGAUUAGCCCCAAGUCACAACUAUCAGUCCAUAGUCAAGUCCAGGCAUGCCCUGAAGCUCCUGAACCUAUGCAGAUCGCCUAUACAAGAGUUUCUGUUGAAAAACGCGAUCGUCAUCAUAAGGAGGGACUGUGCUACUACUGUGGUGAAAGGAGUCACCAAAACUCUGCAUGCCCUCACAAAGGCAAGAAAUAUAAAAACUCAAGAACAAAAGGUCUGCAGUUAAUUUGAUUCACCAAGAUCUUGUACAAGAACUCCAUAUCCCAACAGUACCUUGCAUACCCACCAUUAACAUCACUGCUGUGCAUAAUGCACCCAUAGGCACAGGCAUCACUCACCAAACUGUUCCAGUGACACUACGAAUUGGAUUAUUUCACAAAGAAACCAUAUCUUUUUAUGUCAUCAACACUCCCAAGCAUAUUCCAUCCUGGGUCAUCCAUGGCUGGCUGUCCAUGAUCCCAUCGUUUCUUGGAACCAGGGUGAGUUAAAACAAUGGUCAGACUAUUGCCAUUCAAAUUGCCGUCCAUGUCACAGUUACCAUGCCAUUUUUUACUACUAGCAUCGAAAGUCCUGAGAUUCUAGCUCAAAUCAAAAUCCCCAAAGAAUAUUCAGAAUUUUCUGAAGUAUUAACAAGAUCAAGGCAGCUUAAUUACCUCCUCAUCGUCCAUGGGACUGCACUAUUGAGUUACUGUCCAACAUGGCACCUCCCAGGAGCAAAGCCUAUCCAUUAUCAAGACCUGAAACCUUGGCUAUGGAAACCUACGUCAAGGAGGCUCUAGCUGCAGGUUUUAUUAGUCCUUCCAUCUCACCAGCUGCAGCAUGCUUUUUAUUUGUUGAGAAAAAUGAUGGAGGGCUCCGUCCAUGUAUUGACUACCGAGGGCUGAACACUGUAACAAUCAAAUACAGGUACCCACUCCCUCUUGUUCCAUCUGUCCUAGAACAACUACGUGAAGCACGUAUCUACACUAAACUUGAUCUGAGAAGUGCUUACAAUCUCAUUCGUAUUAGAGAAGGAGACGAGUGGAAAACCGCAUUCAUCACCACUAGGGGGCACUAUGAGUACCAGGUGAUGUCUUAUGGCCUGGCCAACGCACCAGCUGUGUUCCAAUCGUUCAUUAACAAGAUUUUCAGAGACCUCAACAAGUGUGUCAUCGCCUACAUCGACAACAUACUUAUCUACUCCAAAAAUAAAGCACAACACAUUAAAGAUGUCAAGAUGGUCCUUUCAUGCCUACAGAAACAUCAACUCUAUGUGAAAGCAGAAAAAUGUGAGUUCCACACUACCCAGACAACAUUCUUGGGGUAUAUAAUCAGUCAUAGGGGUGUCAAGAUGGAUAACUCCAAGAUCCAGGCAGUCACGGAAUGGCCAAGACCCAAUACUGUUAAGGAGCUACAACAUUUUCUGGGCUUUUCGAACUUCUGCAGGAGGUGUAUCCACAACUACAGUCUCAUCUCUGCCCCUUUAACAUCAUUGCUCAAAGGGAAACCAUUCAAAUUACCAUGGAGUGACUCUGCUCAAAAGGCCUUCGAAACCCUCAAGACAAGUUUCACGACCACCCCCAUUCUCAAGCACCCCGAUCCUAACCAAAUGUUCAUUAUGGAGGUGGAUGCAUCAGACUGCAGCAUCAGGGCGGUUCUCUCUCAGUGCCACGGUAACCCUGGAAAACUUUAUCCAUGUGCUUUCUUUUCAUGUAAACUAAAUUCAGCUGAAAGGAACUAUGAUGUUGGAAACAAAGAGCUACUCUCCAUGAAGGCUGUGUUAGAAGAAUAGUGCCACUGGCUUGAAGGAUCUGUCCAUCCAUUCCAAGUAAUCACAGACAAUAAAAACCUUGAAUACAUAAGUGAGCAAAACGACUCAAUCCAAGACAAGCCUGACGUUCACUCUUCUUCACAAGAUUUCAAUUCACAGUCACCUACCGCCCUGGCAGUAAGAACUGCAAGGCUGAUGCUCUUUCCCGUCGCUAUGAUCCUUCUCACAACAUACCUCAAAAUGUAUCCAUAUUACCACCUUCAGUCAUCAUCGCACCCGUAAGCUGGGACAUCAUGGAAGAAAUCCAAAGAGCCCAACAGACAGACCCUGCACCACCAGAAUGCCCCCCAACUAAACAGUAUGUACCACACACUCUACGCCAGAGAACGAUCCAAUGGAUCCAUACCUCCCUCAGCACUGGACACCCUGGCAUCCAGAGGAUGAUAAACCUGGUACGUAACUCAUUCUGGUGGCCUUCACUCAUAAAUGAUGUCACUGCAUAUGUUAAGGCAUGUCAAGUUUGUACACAGUCAAAAAAACCCAGAGAACUGCCAGCCGGCCUUCUACAGCCACUGCCUAUCCCUCAGAGACCCUGGUCCCACCUGUCCGUCGACUUCAUCACAGAUCUGCCAAAUUCCAAUGGGUAUACUACCAUCUUUGUUAUCAUUGAUCGUUUCUCUAAGUCAUGCAGACGAAUCCCCUUGAAAGGUCUAUUCACUGCCAUGGAGACCGCUAAUGCUCUCUUCCACCAAGUUUUCAGGAUCUAUGGUUUGCCAGAAGACAUAGUGUCUGAUUGGGGACCGCAGUUUACCUCCAGAGUCUGGCAGGCCUUCUGCAAGCAGCUAGACAUCAACGUCAGCCUCACGUCUGGUUAUCAUCCUCAAGCAAACGGACAGGUGGAGAGGCUGAACCAGGAGAUAUCUCAGGUCGUACUGCAGUCGUGAACAACAGAAAUGGAGCGACUUCCUCCCAUGGGCGGAAUAUGCUCAGAACUCCCUCACUCACUCCUCUACUGGACUCACUCCCUUCCAAUGUGUGCUGGGCUACCAAUCUCCUAUGUUCCCAUGGUCAGGUGAACCCUCUACGGUGCCAGCGGUGGAUGAUUGGAUCAGGCAGAGCGAGCAGGUGUGGAACAAUGUGCACGUCAGACUGCAGCAGGACAUCCAGGCCCAACAAAUCCAAGCUGAUCGACGGAGGCGUUCCCACCCCGACAACCAGCCUGGUCAGAGGGUCUGGUUAUCUACACGUGAUCUCAAGUUGCGGCUACCCUGCAGGAAGCUCAGCCCCAGAACCACGGAUCCUGAGCCUCCUCCAUUGGAGAUCGACGGAUCUCCUGCUUUAAUGGGGUGUCUGAAAUGAAUGAGGCUGGUAUUCAUUCAUCCGACUGCCAGAGGGGGCCCUCUUCCAAAUACUAACAUUGAACUGUUUCUUCUAUGAAAACAAGGGAGCAUGCUGCAUUUGUGGGUGUUGUGGGAGGAGCGUUCUGCUUGUUCCUGGCUGUGUUUAUAUUAGUGUGUACAGAGACCCUCUCCCAGAGAUGGAGAACUUUGCUCGGUCUGGCUGUGUGGGCCACACAUCUCACAAUGGGCUUCACCUUUAUUUUCAGCACAAACCAAAUACAACCAUGGGACCAGGUGCCCAUCUUCCUCUUCAUCAUCAUUACAGUCUACACCAUGCUGCCAUUCCAAAUGAGCUAUGCUGUAACUCUGAGUAUCAUCUCCUCUCUGUCUCACAUCAUUGUUCUAUCAGUGCACCUCGCUGUGGUCAAGAGCCACCCUAGACACCUCAUCACCAAUCAGUUGUUGUCAAAUGCAGUAGUGUUUGUUUGUGGAAGCGUGGUUGGGGCAUUUCAUAAGGUUCUGAUGGAAAAAGCACUCAGGCAGACAUUUCAGGAUACUCUCCGCUGCCUUGGCAUUCGCAUGAAACUGGAGAUCGAGAAGAGACAGCAGGAAAACCUGUUGCAGUCAGUGCUCCCUGUGUACAUCUCCAUGAAGAUGAAGUUGGCCAUAAUGGAACGCUGUAAGUGUAAAGAUAAAGAGGAACAGCAACGUAUUGUCCGAGAUAACAACUUCCACAGCCUUUAUGUGAAGAGACAUGAAAACGUCAGUAUCCUGUAUGCUGACAUUGUGGGUUUUACACGUUUGGCCAGUGACUGUUCUCCCAAGGAGCUUGUGAUCAUGCUGAAUGAACUUUUUGGGAAAUUUGACCAGAUUGCAAAAGAGAAUGAGUGUAUGCGAAUAAAAAUUCUUGGUGACUGUUAUUACUGUGUGUCCGGCCUCCCUGUUUCUCUACCAAAACAUGCCAAAAACUGUGUUAAAAUGGGCCUGGACAUGUGCGAAGCUAUCAAGCAGGUGCGUGAGGCAACAGGUGUGGAUAUAAACAUGCGAGUUGGUGUGCACUCCGGAAAUGUCCUCUGUGGUGUUAUUGGCUUACAGAAGUGGCAGUUUGAUGUGUGGUCACAUGAUGUCACUUUAGCAAAUCAUAUGGAGUCUGGGGGGUUACCAGGCCGAGUUCACAUCACAGAGGCGACUCUGAAGCACUUGAACAAAGCGUAUGAGGUAGAGGAGGGAAAUGGAAACCUGAGAGACCCCUACCUUAAAGAGCUCAACAUCAAGACUUACCUGGUCAUAGACCCACGGUCAAAAGACCAAUCGCUGAUGGCUCCUAGUGUUACUAAGCCUCGAGUGAGUGACGGUUUGAAGAUGCGAGCAUCUGUGCGUAUGACGCGCUUUCUGGAGUCGUGGGGGGCCGUCAAACCUUUCGCCCACCUGCAGAGCCGAGAGGAAUUCAGCACAGAUGCCAUGGUCAAUGGCAAGGGUCGUUGCAAGGACUUCCCUCUUAGAUCAGUAUCGACAAAAAUUGCAGAGAGGUAUAAAUCUCAGAAGACAAAGUUUGAUGAAGAACUGCACGACAAGAUGACCACCACCAUCAACGAUCUGAGCUCAAGCAAGCAGUGGGUGAAGUCUGAAGAGAUCUCUGGCCUCACACUGUGGUUUACUAAAAGAGAUCUGGAAAAGCAGUACAGGACUAUAGAGAUGCCAAGCUUUAAAUACUACAUUGGUUGUGCCACCUUCAUCUUCAUUUGCAUCUUCAUCAUCCAGAUGUUUGUGACCAAGCACCGUAAAAAGCUGGGACUCACAUUUGGAGUAUUGGCAUGUGUUCUGCUCUUGACCUUGUGCAUCUGUUUUGCCGGGCAUUUUCAGAGGAUGUUUCCUGAGAAGUUGAAGUCAUGUACAUGGUUGUCUGCACUAUCUAAAGCAGUGGUUAAGAGACCUUUUGUGCGCCUUCCUUUGGCAACUAUUGCUACCACAGUCAUAGUCAUCAUCGCCAUGUUCGACUUGUAUUUAAAAAAUCCAGGGAAUUUAUGUGACUUGCGGCAAAAUAACAUCAGCAUUCCUGAUUCUUUUAAAGAUGACCUUCCGUAUUUGCCUUACUCAGUGUAUAAUUGUAUAUUGGCAUUGAUUGCCUGUGGCGUGUUUUUGAGGGUGAGUUUGGAGCUGAAGGUGGCCUUCCUCUUCAUUGUUUCUACUGUGUACUACAUCAUCAUCUUCUACUCACAGGAUAAUCUGUUCAAUUGCUACAGCUACUUGCUCUACGCCAACCACAGCUGUGUGGAGGACGAUCUGAAGCUGUGCAAAUCAGGACUUAUGAAGCACCCACAAUGCAUGAGCUGCAUUUACAUCACACUCUUCCUCUUUACAAUGCUGCUCAUAUCCCGCCAGAAUGAGUACUGCUGUCGUCAGGAUUUUCUGUUGAAGAACAAGAAUCUGGCUGAUAAGGAAGAAGUUGAGCUAUGCGAAAACUUGAACCGUCUCCUUUUGGAGAACGUUCUCCCUGCACAUGUGGCUGCGCUCUUCGUGGGCGAGAACAAAAAGAAUGAGGUGGGGCUGCGGUCCACUAUUCCUUUACUAAACAAGAAAUACAAGGACCUGUACUAUAAAUCGUAUGACUGUGUAUGUGUGAUGUUUGCCUCUGUGCCAGACUUCAAAGAGUUCUACACAGAGUGUGAUAUCAAUAAAGAAGGACUUGAGUGUUUGAGGCUUCUCAAUGAGAUCAUUGCUGACUUUGAUGAGUUGCUGUCUAAGCCCAAAUUUAGUGGUGUGGAGAAGAUUAAAACUAUUGGCAGCACAUACAUGGCUGCUGCAGGCCUGAGUGGACCUCCUGAGCAGACCAGCCAGGAUCGGGAGAGGCAGCAUGCACAGAUAGGGAACAUGGUGGAGUUUGCCAUUGCUCUGAUUGGCAAGCUGGAUGGCAUCAACAGACACUCAUUCAACACAUUCAGGCUUCGCGUGGGUAUAAACCAUGGCCCAGUGAUUGCUGGGGUGAUUGGGGCCAGGAAACCACAGUAUGACAUCUGGGGAAACACUGUGAAUGUGGCCAGCCGAAUGGAAAGCACAGGGGAACUUGGCAAAAUACAGGUGACGGAAGAGACGUCAGAUGUGCUGCAGAAACUGGGUUACUCAUGUGAGUGCCGUGGCCUGAUAAAUGUGAAGGGGAAAGGAGAGCUCAAAACCUUCUUUGUGUGCACAGAUUCCAGCAAACAGCAAGGAAUUGGUCUGAGCUGAGACUGAAGCCUCAGUCCUCAAAACCAUUGGCACAUUCAUACACACACACAGACUCUGGACUUAUAUGCGAUCUAUUUGUUUUGUUAAAGUAUUUUUUAUUGCUACUGGACAUGUUCCUUUAGAGCAUGUAGAAAGAACUGCACAUUCUUUAUUACUCUGAAAUGUUUGUGUUUUGAUAGCAUUCGGAGACCUGAAACUGAGAUGACCAACAUUUUACAACAUACACAUACAGAACGUAUCUUACACAAACACAAGCUGAAUCUUAUGGGAAAUGGAACACAGACAAUGGGUAACUGAGUUCACUGAAGGAAAACUCAGUCAUUCUUAGUAUUGCUCUUAGAAUUUCUGGGUACUGCUGUCACUGAGCCCUUGAUCCACUUGGAUUUAGACUUAUUUGGGAUGACUGAGCUGGUCUGUCACACACACACACACACACACACACACACACACACACACACACUCAUAUGAGACUCACAGGUGGAGGGACCAACACAUGACCCACAUAAACCCACCAUCACAGAUGAGCAGAUUUCUUGAAUCCUUUUAAAUCAUGGUGUGUUUUAAGCCAAAUAUUCCCAUGCUGGUCUCUCUCACAUUGAAUUGCUGUGGCCUUUGAGUUUAGUGAAUGUGGAUGUUGGAGGCCUUCCCUAGCUUCAAAUAUGUUACAGAUGAAACUAUUAAGGAAUGUUUAUCUACAUAAACUAGAAAAAAUUUACAUCACUGAAGCAUAUUCAAUUAUGGCAAAAUGUGUACUUGCAUUGCUUUUCCAUUUAACUGAAAUAAAUCAUCUCCUUAAUCUUUAAUCUUGAAUAUUGACCAAAAGGCUUUUUGGGCACUUCCUUCUAAAGUUGUACAUUUGCUGUUUGCUGCACUUCGGCUGCAUCGUGCCAUGCGUUUUAUGUCACAGUGUUGCUAAUUGAUUUGCUCAACUGUCUCCUUCUGUUCAUUGAGACUGCUUAGUGGAAGUGGGAAGUAUUUGUGUUUGAUGAAGCCAUAGGCAUAAAUGUUCAAAUGAGAUUUUUAUGAUUAUCCUGUGCCUCUUUGUUUUGAGCCCUCUUGGUGAACAUUACAGUCUGACUGAAUUUAUGUCAUGGAGAUUCUGUGGUGCCUUUCUGUACCUGUCUGCAAUGUUUGUCAGGAACAUGCCUGCCAUCACCUCUAUUUUGUAUGCAAUGUAACAGAAUAAAGACCCCUUCACCCCCCCUUGGAUGUUUUUAUAUUUUUAUGGUUUUUAAAUAUUAAAUCAUAGUGAAAUUAAUUAGGCUUUUUUGACACUGAUCAACAGAAAAAAAGACUUUCAUAUCAAAAUCAAAACACAUUUCUACCAAUUAGUCUAAAUUUAUAACAAAUAUUAAACACAAAAUACUUGGUUGCAUAACUAUUCACGCCCUUCAAGUUAGUAUUUAGUAGAUGCACCUUUGGCAGCAAUUGUGUGGAUAGAUCUUUAUCAACUUGGCACAUGUGGACACUGCAAUUUUUCCCCAUUCUUCUUUGCAAAAUUGCUCAAGCUCUAACAGGUUGUGUGGGUAUCAUGAGUGCACAGCCUUUUUUAAGUCCAUCCAUAGAUUUUCAAUUGGGUUGAGGUCUGGACUCUGACUCGGCCACUCCAAUACAUUAACAGUUUUGUUUUUUUGUUUUUUAAACCAUUCUUGUGCAGCUUUGGCUGUAUGCAUGGGAUCAUUGUCUUGCUGGAAAACAAAUCUUCUCCCAAUUCUCAGUUCUCUUGCAGACUGCUUCAGGUUUUCCUCCAGAAUUUCCCUGUAUUUUGCAGCAUUCAUUUUACCCUUUACCGUUACAAGCCUUCCAGAGCCUGAUGCAGAGAAACAUCCCCACAGCAUGAUGCUACCUACCAACACCAUGCUUCACAGUGGGGAUGGUGUAUUUUUUAUUAUGUGCUGUGUUUGGUUCACGCCAAACAUAGCAUCUGGUUUGAUGGGCAAAAAGCUUCAUUUUGGUCUCAUUAGACCAUAGAAUCUUCUUCCAACUGACUUCAGAGUCUUCCACAUCCCUUCUGGAAACUCUAGCCGAGAUUUCAUAUGGGUUUUUUUUUUUUUUUUCAAUCUCCCAUAAAGCUGUGACUGAUGAAGAACCUGGGCAACAGUUGUUGUAUGCACAGUCUCUCCCAUCUCAGCCACUGAAGCUUGUAAGUCCUUCAGAGGAGUCAUAAGUCUUUUGUUGGCCUCCCUUACUAGUCCCCUUCUUGCAGUCACUCAGUUUUUGAGGACGGCCUUCUCUGGGCAGAUUUACUGCUGUGCCAUACUUUUUCCAUUUCUUAAUUAUUGACUUUAUAGUACUCCAAGGGAUAUUCAGGGACUUGGAAAUGUUCUUGUAUCCAUCCCCUGAUAUAUGUUUAUCAAUAACCUUUUCACGGAUAUGCUUGGAGUGUUCUUUUGUCUUCAUGGUGUUGUUUUUCCCAAGAUGCUGACUCACCAGUAAGUGGACAUUCCAGAGCCAGGUGUAUUCAUACUAAAAUCACUUAAAACACCUUGACUGCGCAUAAGUGAUCUCCAUUUAAUUAACUGAGUGAAUUUCAAAACCAGGUGGUUGUACAGUGAUCAUUUACAGCUUGGGUCAAACGUUUUGGGUAGCCUUCCACAUGCUUCUCACAAUAAGUUGCUGGAAUUUUGGCCCAUUCCUUCAGACAGAACUGGUGUAACAGUCAGGUUUGUAGGCCUCCUUGCUUGCACACACUUUUUCAGUUCUGCCCACAAAUUUUCUGUUGCACUGUGGUCAGGGCUUUGUGAUGGCCAUUCCAAUACCUUGUCUUUGUUGUCCUUAAGCUAUUUUGCCACAACUUUGGAGGUAUGCUUGGGGUCAUUGUCCAUUUGGCAGACCCAUUUGCGACCGAGCUUUGACUUCCUGGCUGAUGUCUUGAGAUUUUGCUUCAAUAUAUCCACAUAAUUUUCCUUCCUCAUGAUGCCAUCUAUUUUGUGAAGUGCACCGGUCCCUCCUGCAGCAAAGCACCCCCACAACAUGAUGCUGCUUCCCCCAUGCUUCACGGUUGGGAUGGUGUUCUUCGGCUUGCAAGCCUCACCCUUUCUCUUCCAAACAUAACGAUGGACAUUAUUGUCAAACAGUUACAUUUUUGUUUCAUUAGACCAGAGGACAUUUCUCCAAAAAGUAAGAUCUUUGUCCCCAUGUGCACUUGCGAACUGUAGUCUGGCUUUUUUAUGGCGGUUUUGGAGCAGUGGCUUCUUCCUUGCUGAGCAGCCUUUCAGGUUAUGUGAUAUAGGACUUGUUUUACUGUGGACACAGAUACUUGUCUACCUGUUUCCUCCAGCAUCUUCACAAAGUCCUUUGCUGUUGUUCUGGGAUUGAUUUGCACUUUUUGCAGCAAACGACGUUCAUCUCUAGGAGACAGAAUGCGUCUCCUUCCUGAGCAGUAUGAUGGCUGCGUGGUCCCAUGGUGUUUAUACUUGCGUACUAUUGUUUUUUACAGAUGAAUGUGGUACCUUCAGGCAUUUGAAAACUGCUCCGAAGAAUGAACCAGACUUGUGGAGGUCCACAAUGUUUUUUCUAAGGUCUUGGCUGAUUUAUUUUGAUUUUCAUAUGAUGUCAAGCAAAGAGGCACUGAGUUUGAACGUAGACCUUAAAAUACACUCACAGGUACACCUCCAAUUCAGUACACCUCCUAUCAGAAGCUAAUUGUCUAAAGGCUUGACAUAGCUGCUCAAAGGCCCAGUUAAUCUGUCUGUGAACAAUUGUUGCAAAAAUGACUUGUGUCAUGCACAAAGUAGAUGUCCUAAAUGACUUGCCAAAACUAUAGUUUGCAAAUAUUAAAUCUGUGGAGUGGUUAAAAAAUGAGUUUUAAUGAUUUCAAUCUAAGUGUAUGUAAACUUCUGACUUCAACUGUAUGUGAGUUGCAUUAAAGGGGGUGAAUACUUAUGCAAUCAAUUAUUUUGUGUUUAAUAUUUGUUAUAAAUGUGUUUUGACUUUUUCAUAUGAAAGUCUUUUUCUGUUAAUCAGUGUCAAAAAAGCAUAAUUAAGUUUACUAUGAUUCAAUAUUUAAAAACAAUAAAAUAUAAAAACAUACAAAUACUUUUUAUAGGCUCAGCAUGCUUCCUAUGGCCAAGGUUGUUGUGAGAAAUUCUUACCUAUAACAUAAACCCAAGAAUCAGGCAAGACAUAGACACUCUGGUCACAAGUCUUUUCAUACCUUGGUGAGUGUGGUUCAAAUGCAUUUUGCAGAGUGAGACUGUUCGUGUGGCACUUGCCAGCUAAGCUUGUUCUUUGGCCAUUUAAAUUGAGAAAAUAUUAUUUUAAGUCAUGAGAGCAUUCAAAAAAUACAAGAACAAACAUUUCCCAGUGCUGGACAAGAGUUGUCUACUGAUGAUCUGAGACUUGAAGCAUUACUUUUUAAUUUAAAGCUGUAUUUGCAAAUAUUUGUCAGUGAUUUCAUAUAAAUCUUACAUUGCGUUUCAUGAAGGGUGAUAACAAUUACCAAUGAUUUCUCUGUAAACAACAUAAUAAGCCUUAUGUUUGGCUUAAUAUAAAAUAGUCUGUGCCGAUGUAUGUAAUAACA